AUGGUCUCAUACAUCUCUCAAUUAACUUCUAAAUCUGCCGGUAGAUUCAACUUUAAAGGCAUGGCAGCGAUUGCGCCAGACCUUUUUCUAUGGGGAGGUGCUUGGGCUGCCAGCUUGAUGGUUUUCACUGAGGGUUGGCCAAGAUUUCAAUCUACACUUUAUGAAAAGAUCCCAUAUUUCGGGCAACAUUGGGUCGACAAUACCCCAGCGGAGGACAAGCCAAACUAA